GGCUCUUGUUAGACAACUUAUAAAUACAGGUUUGUGUGUUGAAAUGCCAAAUUGGUGAAAGCGGGUAGGGAAAGUGUCAGAUGCUGAAAAGAGUAAGUCGUGGACUUGUGUGACCCACCCCCUUGUCGCACUUCGGAGUAGGUCCGACCCACCAACAUCCGUCGGUCUCCUGCAAUGGACCCAGAAACAUCGGCUCAGGUCCGGAGUCAUUUCGCUGCCGAUUAAUAUCGACGAAUGAAGGAGAACCGUCGGUGUAAUAGCACCCAGCGCUUGUCGGCUCGGUGUGCAGCAGCAGCCCGUGCACGGUGUGCAAUGCGGCCAGAGAAGCUGAAGCAGGCCUCGGUGGUGGUGCGUUCAGUGUUCUGUCAGCGUGUAGUGCGUCUGUUCAUGGAGUGAACCGUCCAAAAGAGAGCUGAGACGGAGCGCAGCUGGCGGCGUGUGAUGAUAGGAGACACGAUGACACUCUUGUCACUUUUGGGUCGGAUCAUGCGUUAUUUUCUCCUCAGGCCGGAGACGUUGUUCUUGCUAUGCAUCAGCCUGGCCCUGUGGAGUUAUUUCUUCCAUACGGACGAGGUGAAAACCAUCGUCAAGUCGAGCCGGGAUGCCGUGAAGAUGGUGAAGGGCAAAGUGGCGGAGAUGAUGCAGAACGACCGCCUGGGAGGCCUCAGUGUCCUGGACGCAGAGUUCUCCAAAACAUGGGAGUUCAAGAACAACAAUGUGGCAGUGUACUCUAUACAAGGGAGGCGAGACCACAUGGAGGACCGCUACGAGGUGCUCACCGACAUCACCAACAAGAGCCACCCGUCCAUAUUUGGCAUAUUUGACGGUCACGGCGGAGAGGCUGCAGCAGACUACGUGAAGGCCCACCUCCCCGAGGCCCUGAGGCAGCACCUGCAGGCAUUUGAGCGAGAGAAGAAGGAGAACGCUCUUUCCUAUGCCAGCAUCUUAGAGCAGCAUAUCCUCAGUGUGGACCGAGAGAUGCUGGACAAGCUGUCAGCCAACCAUGAUGAAGCAGGAACCACAUGUCUGGUGGCCCUGCUGUCCGACAGAGAACUCACAGUGGCCAACGUGGGUGACUCACGGGGUGUGCUGUGUGACAAAGAUGGAAAUGCCAUUGCGCUAUCGCACGACCACAAACCGUAUCAACUGAAAGAGCGCAAGAGGAUCAAGAGAGCAGGAGGCUUCAUCAGUUUUAACGGAUCCUGGAGAGUUCAGGGAAUUCUGGCCAUGUCCCGCUCUCUCGGGGACUAUCCACUGAAGAACCUCAACGUGGUCAUCCCCGAUCCAGAUAUUAUGACCUUUGAUCUGGACAAACUGCAGCCGGAGUUUAUGAUCUUGGCGUCAGACGGCCUGUGGGACGCUUUCAGUAACGAGGAGGCGGUGCGGUUUGUCCGGGAGCGCCUGGACGAGCCUCACUUUGGUGCCAAGAGCAUCGUUCUUCAGUCUUUCUACCGCGGUUGCCCCGACAACAUCACUGUCAUGGUGGUCAAGUUUAAAAGUGGGGUGGGCGGGAGCAAGGCUGGGGACUAGGUCAAGUCCAUUGAACAUACAAUAGAACAGGAGGACGGAGGCCAGAUGAAGCAUGAAUACUGUUUUGACAAACUGUACAGCUGGACAAAUAACUUUCAAAACAAAUCUAAUUACGUUUGGCUCUUACAUUCGAGACGUCGCCUAAAAGGAAGUACACAACCAGCACAUGUUAGACUGUCACCGAUGUACUUUAUGAAGGGUGCGGCCCCACGAGAGCUUCUUCACAAGAGGUUACAAUUAGUGCCUAAUCACACUUUACUUUACAGCUGCAAGGCGUGAAAGAAAAUGUCUGGGAAAACACCAACAAACUGCUGGCUGCAUUUAUCAUCUUUCCUCAAACAGCGACCUCCGCUCGAGUCCACCAAUCUAUCUUGGGGUGCUGACUACACUUGAACAAUAAUGCGCCACGCCUCAAACCUUUUUUCCUAUUAGGAAACAGGAUUGCGGACAUCACAGGACAUAUACAUCGCCUGCAAAGCAUACAUGGCAUCUGUAAAGCUGAAGUUUACAGUGGAGAUUAAAAACAAAGUAGCCUUCAGAGUGACAGAUGCCAUAAUACAAUAUGUAUUAUAAUACAUAAUAUACUGUCUAUAUAUGGUCAUGUCAUGCAUUAGUACAAAUAAAGGCCUCUCCAAAAUAGACACUUCUUACUCUCUGCAGUUAAGUAAAUAAAUGCCCCUGUGGCCACUAUGAGGAAAUAUUGAGUAAUUUGUCCAUCCUUCCAAAAUAUGAUCAGGACCUUAUACAACUUCAUGAUGAAAGUAAAUAGAUGCACUUUUAUUUUCUGACAUAUCAGCAGUUUUAACCUGAAAUUCCUCAGUAAAGCGAGAGGAUCGUAAUGUAUAGAAUCAGAUCUGAUUUAGUAGUCUGACAUUUAUUUCAUGUCUGCGCACGUCUCUGGAGCUCAUGAACAAAAUACACUCUGGCAGCACAUAAAGCAGCUGCCAUGAGUUACAUUCCACUGCAGUACAGCUGCAGCCGUAUAGUGCAAAAGUAAUACGAGAAGGUCCUCAAGCAAUAUGACGGGUGUUGUCAGCAGUGACUAUGUUCAAAGUAAAGUUACGGUAAACCAUGACUCAUCACUGUUUUCAUUUUUUUUUUUUGCAAAAACUUCUGCAAAGUAUUCUCACUGGAAUUUAGUAGGACAUAGUAUUCCGUGCAAUUACUUUUUCUUUCAAAUCCUAUAAAAUUAUCUUGAAAACUGGUUCCUUUUUGAAAGGGGCCAAAGCAUUGUUUCCCCUCCCCCAAACUUGACCUUAUAUGCCUUACUGAGGUUUUUUCUGUCGAGCAGAUUGCCAAAUCUGUGUACUGAAUAGUCAUUUUUUGUUGUUUUUACAAUAAAAUACAUACUCCUCACUUCAUUUUGAGUGAGAGCUCAUCAUUCAGGAAGUCGGCCUUCAGUAUGAAAAACACAUCUUUAUAUUAACUACCACAAAUGCUCUAAUUAUAGCUGAGAGAAUGACCUAAGCCCUUUUUAACAUUAGUAAUGAUUUGGAGUGCAUGACAAAGUGGAUAGGAAAAUGUGUCUCUCUUUUCAGAUCUAUUUGUUUUUCAAAAGGCGCUUGCUCAGCGAGCUAAAAUGUUUUUGUGAGAGCGCACAGUAGGCGACACAUCCCGGAAAACACUUGGGAAGUUUGACAAGUUGAGUGGCCAGCCCUCUGCUCUUAUCUUCCUCCAACACUUUGUAUGAGCUACAUUACCUAGCUAUAAUCUGCUGGAAAUGAUAUGGUGACAUAAUGGCAUACAAAUUCAAUUCAUUACGUAACUUAUACACGAUACUUUGGCUUGUGACCAGUCCAGGGUGUACCCCGCCUCUCGCCCGAAGGCAGGAUAGUAGGCUACAGCAUACCCGCGAUCCUAAUGAGGAUUAAGCGGCAUAGAAAAGGGAUGGAUGGAUAUACAUGAUACUAGGGCUGCAACUAACGAUUAUUUUCUUAGUUGAUUAAUCUGAAGCUUGUUGUUUUGAUUAAUUGAGUAAUCAGUUAGGCCCUAGACGGACCAAAUCAACAUGAACCAAACAAACUUAAAAAGUUUGGUCUGCAACAUAUCAGAAAAUGGGCAAAAAUGUUGAUCGCUGUUUUCCAAAGUCAUAACUGACGUGUGUGAAUAUCUUGUUUUGCCUAAAACACAAAGACAGUAAGUCUGCUUUCAUGGAUGACUAAGGAGAAGAAAGAAAAAAAAAUUCACAUUUGAGAGGUUGAAAUCACAGAAUAUUUAAAUUUUUAAAUAAAAAAAAAAAAGAAUAGAAUACCAAAACAGUUGUUGAUUGGAUAACUGAUUAAUCAUCGAUUCGUUGUGGCAGCGCUAAUGAUACACAUCUACAGUACUUACUGAGUCUGGAAGAAGCCUGGGAAUAGUAUUGAAUUUUGACAUGUCAAAUCCGUAGGAACCCUGUAUAUUGGACAACACAGCAACAAAACCGAUGUUGUAAUGCCGGUAAGAAGCCAACGGCUCAGCCGGCAUUAAUACCACUGAUGAGUUCAUUGUAAAAAACAGUACAGCAACUGUAACAACCAAUGAGGAGCAGUCAGGGGCUCUUCCUCACCUGUCAUAAUGAAAAAUGUAACAAAAUAAACAAAUAAAUAAACAUUUGU